CCUUACAUGUUGCGGGUCAAGAGACUCAAGAAGCGAUAACUGCACAACGUUAUUGAAGACACGUUUUGAAGAUGGAAUCUUUAGUGACUCUCUUGAUCACAUGUUUUUCAGUACUGUCUGUUCAGUUAACAUCUCGAAUAACUGAGGCCCAACAAUGUCAGGCUUCAGUAGAUGGAAUAUCUCUCUCUGGUCAUGUCAUGUCGACUGUUGUUGUUGAUGAUAUCGGUAGUUGUUCGGACAAAUGUGCAGUCACACCAGGCUGUCAGAGCAUCAAUUUCUACAUGAAAAGCUCUCUCUGUGAGUUGAACAACAAAACAGUGGAGAACACGCCCAGCCAUAAAGUACAAAACAAUCGUGCUGUGUACUUUAAGAACCCAGAUCCUCUACCACCAGAGCCUGUUCGAAGAGGUAUUCUACUGGGUUCGGGAUCACGAGGAGAAUGAAGUCGUCGUCGAUUUAUGCUUAGAGAUGAUAUCUGAGGCUAGUUUUGUUUUAGUGCGAUUGAAUGCUCAUAAAUAGCUGUUUUGAUAUCGAGUUUGUAAAAAGCAAGAAGAAUCAUUCAGGAAAUAAUUUGUUCUCUUAGAAUAUUCACUCGUAACAUAUCGCUCGUAAAGUAAUUGAUAUGUCUGCCGAUUUCGCGCAAGUAAUAAAAAUUUCACGCGCGCGCCUGUCCCAAAAAAAUUCUUGCACAAAUUUGAUCUGCUAUCCCUUUCCCUCAAAAGUCUAACGGAUCGCCCCCAACGUGUCUUCAAACAAAAAAAAAAGGGAUUUAACAAAAAGUCAAGUGUCUCGUGUCAGCUGAGCACUUAAGAGAAAUAUCGCGGGCAUAUAGCUUAAGACUCGUCCCACUUCCUCAAAACUGGUCCACAAUAGUGAUUUGUGCUCUUUUCUUUCUUCAUUUUCUU